AUGGAACAACAUCAAGAGACAUUAGUGUCAACAGCCUUAUUGAUCUUUAAUACUUACCUUCCACCUGGAUCACUGUCUGAAUUGAAUAUUGAUCAUGUAUCAAGAGGAGAUGUGAUUAGUUAUAUGGCUAAAGCUGUAGAUGAAGUUAAAGGAAACUUAAUGCCUAGUGUGUAUAUUGCUAUGCCAGAACUUUGA